AUGCAAGAGCCAAGGUGCACGGCCCUGUUGAACAAUCCCAAGUUCGAGGCUUUUGUCUGCUUGAUCAUCUUCCUGAACGCCGUUGUGUUCGCUUUGGAGGCCCAAAACAAGGGCAUGGCAUACGGCCACAAGGGCUUUGGCGGAGAUUUGCCCAGCUAUUUCUGGAUAGAUGGCGACCAUGUAUUCUACGUCUUGGAGAUGCUGUUCGGGAUAGUCUUCACGGCGGAGGUCGUUUUGCGGUUGUUGGUUCGACAACACCUUUUUUUCUGCGGGGGAUGGAACUGGCUGGACUUAGUCAUUGUGCUGGUCUGGAUCUUUGGCCAAGUCUUUGAAGACAUGCUCCCGGUGAACUCGCAGGUGUUGCGCCUGGCCCGACUAAUUCGACUAUUUCGUUUGCUGCGGCUGGUGCGUCGGAUUCAGCAGUUCGACUCGCUCUACCUCAUGUCCACAGCUAUACGCAGUAGCUCUGGCAUUCUCGGGUGGACCGCAGCGCUGCUUUUUCUGAUCCAGAUGCUGUUUGCUCUGGUCUUGAACCAGCUCCUCUACGGUUUUUACUUUACGGACGCUGUCUCCACCGAUGAGCUGAUCAAAGACCGUCAGGAAAUUGUCUACACCUACUUCGGGACUUUCUCGCGCUCGCUGCUGACCAUGUUUGAGAUCACUCUUGCCAACUGGCCACCGGUUUGCCGCGUACUCACUGAGAACGUCACCGAGUGGUUUAUGAUCUUCUUCCUGAUCCACAAGGUGACCAUGGGCUUUGCAGUUAUCGGAGUCAUCAACGGCGUCCUCAUGCAGGAAACCUUCAAAGUGGCUUCCUAUGAUGAUACCAUCAUGAUGCGGACAAAGCAGAAAGCGAUGGAGAAUCACAUCCGGAAGAUGCAGCUUCUCUUCGAAGAGGCUGAUACAUCGGAAGAUGGACGGAUUGACCUCCAGGAGUUUAAGGAAAUAGUGGCCGAUAGCGAGCUCAAAGCUUGGCUGGGCGCUAUGGAGCUGGACAUCCGUGAUGUCGGCGAAGCUUGGGACCUCUUACAGGACAGCGCCCAAGACAAGAGUGGCUUCCUCACCGCAGAGCAAUUGGUGCUCGGCGUUGCGAAGCUGCAAGGUACGGCCAAAAGCCUCGACCUUCAGAAGCUCGGCUUUUUAUGUAAAGAGUGCUUACAAGUUGCAUGA